CACCGCCUCUCUGGAGGUCUACCUUGAAUUACCCGACUAGACCUUCAGAUCUUUGGGUGUUCUCAUUUGUCUUGAUUGUCCAGUUUGAUUCUAGCCUCUAAAGAGUCUUUUCUUGCCUGCUGAGCUACCCUGUAUCAGAUUGUACUGGAUCCAGAUUUGCCAGUUCCAUAGAGGAGAACAGGAGCUCUCUGAGACUUUGCAUGCAUAAUUGCUUAGAAAUGAUUGUCAUAUAAGAAGCUGGCUAUGGCAAACAGGAAACGUCAAAACACCACAGCCAGCAUGCUGGAUCACAGAAUGCGAGCUUGCCCUACUUCAUCUCACAACAGGGAGCCAGAAACUGAGGAAAAUGACCUACCUAUUGAAGAUUAUACAGCAAAGGAACCUGAGCUAGCAACUUUUCGAGAAGCUAGCCCUACCCCAGUGGAACAAGAGUGCAAUGAUAAUAGUGGAGAUGGUGACUCUAGCUCUGAUUAUGUUAAUAAUACCUCUGAAGAGGAGGACUAUGAUGAAGGCCUGCCAGAGGAGGAGGAAGGGAUCACAUAUUACAUUAGGUACUGUCCAGAGGAUGACAGUUAUCUGGAAGGAAUGGACUGCAAUGGGGAAGAGUAUGUUUCCCAUGAAGAACAUAAUGUGGAAACUGAUGAAUGUCAGGAGGCUGUGGAAGAAGAAUGGGCUGAAGCUAAAAUCCAGCACCAAGAUGACAGUGAAGUGGCAGAAGGUCAAGACUACCAAGAUAAUGGUGUUCAGAUUUUGGAGGAUGAAGUGUCAUCUUUGGAGAUUCAAGACCAAGAAGUAAACAUACAAUACUGUCAAAGUGAAGAAAGCUAUCAGGACUAUUACCCACCAGAAGCUAAUGGAAACUCAUGUGGGGUAUCACCCUACCAUGCUAGAAAAGAAGAUGCUGAACUGGAAGAGCAGGAAGAAGAUAUUGACCAAAUUGUAGCUGAAAUUAAAAUGAGCAUGAGCAUAAGCAGCAUUAAUAGCAUGACAGAGAUGAGCCCUGAGCAUGCCGGGACUGAAAAUGUGCCAAGUGAAUAUAAAGACACUUCUCCAAAAGGAGAUGCUGGUCAUGCAGCCAACAGACACGAAGGGAGACCAAAAUCAUUGAAUAUUCCACCUGCUUCUAAGCAUGUUGGAGACAUGCCAAGAGGUUUUAAAACAAAGUCAAGAACUCCAGAAGACAGACCGAAGUUGCCACAAGAACAGGUGUGCAAUGGGUUAGAACAGCCAAGGAAGCAACAACGUUCUGACCUUAAUGGACCAAUUGAUAACAACAAUAUAUCAGAAACAAAGAAGGUGUCUUCAUUUCCAAGUUUUGUUGAUGUUCCAGGACCCUGUGAACCUGAAGAUCUCAUUGAUGGAAUCAUCUUUGCAGCCAAUUACUUGGGUUCUACACAACUGCUCUCAGAACGUAACCCUUCCAAAAACAUAAGAAUGAUGCAAGCUCAAGAGGCAGUGAGCCGUGUCAAGAGGAUGCAAAAGGCGGCUAAAAUCAAGAAAAAAGCGACUUCUGAGGGAGAUUCCCAGGCUUUGACAGAAGUGGAUCUAUUCAUCUCCACACAGAGGAUUAAAGUUCUGAAUGCAGACACACAGGAAACAAUGAUGGAUCAUGCACUACGCACAAUCUCAUACAUUGCUGAUAUUGGUAACAUUGUUGUUUUAAUGGCAAGACGCCGGAUGCCAAGGUCAGCUUCUCAAGACUGUAUUGAGACAACACCUGGUGCCCAGGAAGGAAAGAAACAGUACAAAAUGAUAUGCCAUGUCUUUGAAUCAGAGGAUGCACAGCUGAUAGCUCAGUCAAUUGGUCAGGCUUUCAGCGUGGCCUACCAGGAGUUCCUGAGAGCUAAUGGAAUUAACCCAGAGGAUCUCAGCCAGAAAGAAUAUAGUGACAUCAUCAAUACCCAAGAAAUGUAUAAUGAUGAUCUUAUACACUUCUCCAAUUCAGAGAACUGCAAAGAGCUCCAGCUAGAAAAGCAGAAGGGAGAAAUUCUUGGGGUAGUGAUUGUGGAAUCUGGAUGGGGAUCCAUUCUGCCCACAGUUAUCCUGGCUAACAUGAUGAAUGGAGGUCCUGCAGCUCGUUCAGGCAAACUAAGCAUUGGAGACCAGAUUAUGUCCAUUAAUGGGACCAGUUUAGUUGGUCUUCCUCUUGCAACGUGCCAGGGAAUCAUAAAGGGUCUUAAGAACCAGACACAAGUGAAGCUGAACAUUGUCAGCUGUCCUCCUGUCACUACUGUCCUCAUAAAACGACCAGACCUGAAAUAUCAGCUGGGCUUCAGCGUACAGAAUGGAAUUAUCUGCAGCUUGAUGAGAGGUGGAAUAGCUGAGAGGGGAGGGGUCAGAGUAGGACAUCGUAUUAUUGAGAUCAAUGGGCAAAGUGUUGUGGCCACUGCUCACGAGAAGAUAGUACAAGCCUUGUCUAACUCGGUGGGAGAGAUUCAUAUGAAGACUAUGCCAGCUGCAAUGUUCAGGCUUCUAACUGGACAAGAGACACCCCUGUAUAUCUAGCACGAAGCUCUAUCAACAAAAGAACUGAUUCCAACAAAGUCGAAGGCUUCACAGCUGAAGAGAAUUUUGUAUUUUCUAGGAGUGAAAGGUUUUGAAACAGGACCUGAAGAUUCUGCAAACUGAAGGGACAGGCUUCUCUGCCUUCUUUCUUUUCUUUUUAUUUCUUUGCCAAAAAGUGAUGACCAUCUUUAUCAAGGACAAUAAUCACUGACAAAAUCUUUGUAAAACAUUUAAGUAUUUUGCAACAUCUUCUAAACCCUUUUCUCAUUGAAACUUAAACAUAUUUAUUUGUAACCUUUAUGUGGUGUGAUGUAUGUUUGUCUGUCAUGUUUGAUAAUAACGUGGUGAAUGUGAACAUUUGAUGAGUGAGACUUCAGGAAACUGACUACAAAAUUAAGCAAUUAAAGUAAUGGUCAAAACGAAUUAAAACAAAUCUCAACUCCAUAAAGUGGUCCAACACUUCUGGUAUUACAUAACUUAAAAACUGGACCGAGCUAGAUGGUGUUUCAGAAAUUUCAGUGAAUAGGAAUGUGUGCAAUUAAAGCUAUUAGAUUCUAAUGGAAAGAAAACAGCUGUAGUACUUGGUUUCAUUAUGACAAGUGUAACCUAUAACUGCGAGUUUGGCAAGGUGUGAAUAUAAAUGUGUAACAAAAGGAAAGAGUGUCUUGUAUGUGAAAUAAAGAAUUGCCACAAGAUAAAAAUCAAAA